AGCAGUUCAGGCAGCAUACGAGGAGCAGUAAAAUCGACGUUUCGGGCAGAAGCCCUUCAUCAGGAAUUGCUCAGUGCCGCUGUUGAGAGAGAGCAGCAGGAGCAGUCACUCUGCAUUAAGGUGCUGACAGUGGGAGAGCUUCACUGAUAGACUCUCCUCCUUCAAGGAAGCAGCACAGGAGAAAACCGAACACAACCAAAGUCAAGGAAGUGAUAUCGUGGGAGGAGCUACGACCCUCUGGCCCCUGCCCCCUUUCUGAGGAGGGUUCUCUGGAAUCACUGGGCAGUCAGACGGGGAAAGCAGUGAGAGGCACAGAAGGAGGAUGGGAGGAGCCAGCUCCAGUGAUCAGAUGGCUCAAACUUCAAAUUCCUCAUUGUUCAGUAAGGAAGAACUCAACAAAUUAAAUUCUGCUUAUGACGCUGGUGGGAUGAAAGAGGUGACACCACUGAUACAGAAGAAGUUAGACGAUCUGGACAAUACAGAGCUGAACAUUGCAGUGACAGGAAAAAUAGGCUCUGGGAAAUCCACCUUCAUCAAUGCAAUGAGAGGACUUCAAAAUGAUGACGAGGGAGCAGCUGAAACCGGGGUCACAAUAAUCACAAUGGAGCCAACCUCAUACUCACACCCCAACCUGCCGAAUGUUUACCUCUGGGACCUACCUGGAAUUCAACACAUUCAAACGGUGGAGCGGUAUGUGAGGGCAAUUAACUUUGCAAGAUAUGAUUUUAUCAUCAUUAUCUCAGGCUGUCGAGUCACAGAGAAUGAUAUAAAACUCGCCAAUGAGAUUAAACGGUUGGGGAAGAAUUUCUAUUUUGUUUACUCUAAAAUUGACAAUGAUCUUGAUGCAAUGAGGAAGCGCUCAUGGAAUUUUAAUGAAGUGGAAACAUUGGAGAAGAUCAGGAAUUACUGUAUCAGCAAGCUGCAAGAGGCAGGGAUCCCAUCACCCAGUGUAUUCCUGAUAUCAAACUUUGAUCUGAAUCUGUAUGAUUUUAUUUGUUUAAAUAAAACUCUUGAGGAUGACCUUCUGAAUAUAAAAAGUGACUUUAUACUGGUGCUCCAAAACCUAAACUCAGAGAUUGUUGAGAAGAAAAGAACAGAGCUGAAGAAGCGACUCCAAAUGUUGGCAACACGUUACAGAGUAGCUCCUGGACUCUCCCUUGCUCAUAACUUUGGGAUCCUGAUUGGAGCAAUAAUAUACUUACGUAAAUGUAUGGGUCUGGAUGAUGUCUCUCUUCAAAGGCUGGCCAAUAAUGUAGGGAAGCCUGUGGAGGAUCUGAAAGCAGUGAUGACAACUCCCCUGGUUGGGGGGGAAAUAACUGAAGACAUAAUAAACAGAUUGGCCUGGCGUGCUACUGCUGUCAUUGCAUCAGCACCUGAGCUCACUGUCAAUACCAAUCCAGACUUUGGAGAACAGCCAUCUUUUCUUACAACUAACAAGCUUCUGAAUACUGCAUUGGAUGAUCUGACAGAGAACGCACAGAGAGUGGUGAUGGUUGCAUUUGGGACUCCAUCAAUCCGAUUCCCAGAGACAAGUAUCUCCACAUUUCAGGAUGAUGCAUCAUCAUCGUUUUACCGCUGCUUACUGCUCCUCCCAAUCAAACAAAACCAGACAUUGCCGGAGAAAUUCAAUAAGCCUGGCAGUAUCUGUGAGAAGAAAGUACAGUUCAGGAUUUGAAUCCAUUGACUCUUCUUCAGAACUAUUAGCAGCUAGGGAAAACUGAUAUUUAUGCUGAAUUUGAAGCUGGGAGGAGGAGUAGUGCAAGGGUUAGGUGAGCCAAUAGGUGGGGCCAGAGAGCCCAGAGAGAGAGAGAGAGAAAGAGAGAGAUGAAUGUGAUGGGUAAUCCUGUAGAUUUUGGAUAGCAAACCAACAAAAGCUGACUAAGUGGUAAUAAGAGCCAAGAGUGAGAGAAUGGUUUGGCUGUGCUGAAUGUACCCAAACAAUAAUAAUGGGCCUCAGAGUGGGUGGGAAUGGAUGACAGUGCUAAACGCAACCCAUGUCAGAACAGGCUUGCGUGUUGGGUGGAUCCAAUCACAGGAUGUUUGGCUCCCAUGCUUGUUGUUGAUUGGCUUAGAUGCCAUUGGACUUAACAGCAGUAAAUGCAGGAGAGAAGCAGUCUGUAGUUUGAGAACUUGUGAGUGGGGAACGGGGAGUGGUGGUUGUGGUGCUGAUCUCCAGAUAGUGAUGGUGACAGAUCACUGUCAUGUAAACCACCCCUUCGUAAACUACCCCAUCAUACAAUGCCCUGGUUAUUCCAAGCAGCAGUAUCACUGGAAACCUCUAUUUUUUUCCUUUCCUCGGUAGAGGAGGAGCAGACCCAUGGACCAGCACUCUCAGUUUAUGCUUCACACUGCUCUCCCUUCACCAAACCUCUCAUUACAGCUGAGCCUCACAAAUGUGAAGUGGAGAGACAGCCACUUUGCAAAGUUUGAUCAGUUUGAGGAGAGACUAUAUGAUGAUGCUGAGAGAACAAGUGGUGAGGAAUAAACUGGGUGGUUGGAUGAGGAACAGUUGCUACAGUCUUGAGGAAGAGCAGAUGUUUCUCCUUAGCCAUGUUAACUCAAGACCACGAUCUAAGGAGUCUGUGAGUCAAAGGAAGAAUGGUUACCUUCAGGCAGAGAUGAAUAAACACUUCAUUCAUCUUAUUAUUUGUUGUGAGACCUUGAGGAUGCUUUGAGAACGUGACAAUGUGCCGAACAUGUAAAAAAACUCUUUUACUAUAGUGAA